AAUUCUCUUUCAUAUAGUAGAGAUCAGACGCACGAAAGUUGUUUACAUCGUAAUAAUUGAAUAUAUCUAUAUUUUAAUAGAAUAUGUACAUAAUUGAAUAAAAUUAUUAAACAUAAUGAAUAUACUCAGGGCAAUAACAUAUAUACCUCGCAGAGCAUUAAGUAGAAAAAAUUCUGGCAUUAAAAGUAAAUUAAGAAUAUUAAAACAGGCUGGAUUCGAGGAACCUAACCUCGAAGAAUUGGAUGGUCAUGAUUUAGAUGAAUUUGAAGCAGACUUCAUGCACGCUGACGAGUUUCAUAAAGAUUACGAACAGGAAAAAAUAAAAGCUAAACAAUUACUCAAGAAACGAAUUGUUGCGUCAAAAUAUUUUACAAAAGACAAGGAUCCCAACUUCCUUACUAGCAUUGAAAAGGAUCAAAUAAGGAAGCUACAUGAAAGCAACCCAGAAGAAUGGACAGUAGAAGUGUUAAGCAAAAGUUUUCCAGCUUUACCCGAAACAAUUAAAAAAAUUUUAAAUUCUAAGUGGUCUUACGAAUCAAUAGAACGAGUCUUGAAAUAUGAUGCCACUGUUGUUGAUAAUUGGAAACUAUUUAAAGCAGGAAAGUUACCUGUUAGUCCUGCUUUACGAGAACAUUUAGCAAAAUUCCAAAAUAGAAAAAUAAUGUUACCUGACAGACAUCUCUUAGCAGAAAAAUUAGUACCACCAAAAGCUGAACUUCCAAAACCGAAAAGUACUUUUUUUUCAAAUAUCGUGCAAAGUUAUUUAGAUCAGGAAACUAGUAAUCAAAACGAUAACAAAGUAUUGCCAAGUGGUAAAGAAACAAUGAUAGACACAAAACUUUUGAAAGAUACUAGUAAUAAUGCUAUUGCAAAAAAUUUGCUCGACAAGAGAGAUUUAGUGAAAAAAGAAUUAUUGCAUAAAAAUAAUACAGCAUUAGUCAAACCCAAAGCAAAUUCAACUCGACCAAAAAUUACUUUCAAUGAGUUUGCAAAGAAGGAACUUACAAGAAUUUAUGCAGAAAGGACAGAAGAAGCUAUUACAUUAUUACAUGCAUAUCAAAAAUACAUUAAUAAAGAUGAUAAUAUAUCUCCUGAUAUUGACGACACUAUUAUACAAUCAAAACAUGUACAAGCAUUAAAAGAAGAAAAAAAAGAAGAUGAAAUAGAAGUAAAAAAAGAAAAUUUGAGUUCUUGGAAUGUAGAAAUAUCAAAUGAAAAAAAAGAAGAAUUCAAUUCUUUAAAUUUAAAAAUAUCAAAUAAAGAAGAGGUAUCAAUUUCUGUAAACAAAAGUGAACCUCCACAGCUUAUUUCUACAGAUAAAAAUGAUACCAAAUUAGAUACUUAUGUGAAGGAACGGAAUUCAAAAAUAUCUGUAGAUGAAAAAUAUUCACUGCCAAUACAAAUUCCAAGCAAGUUAUAUCAAAAAGGCAAAACUUAUAGAAUUUCUGAUUGUUAUUAUGAUGAUGAUGGAGAAUUUUUAUAUAGAGUACCAGGUGUUAGAAAUUAAUAGUUAAUCUUAAUUA